UCGCAGAAAUAAUCGUUCAGAAUUCACAUGUCCUGAACGAAUUGAUGCUUCUGGUCGUGCACAUUGUGCAUUGUUUUUACGGAUUUCAGGAAAGAAUUUUGCGCGGUUUCCCUUUUGAAGACGCAUGCAAAAACUCGCGUUUACAGACAGAUGAUGAUGGCUACAACGUUGUGUGUUUCUGAUUGUGCAGGCACUGUCGAGAGUGAUUCGGAGCUGGGCGUGGAAGAAGUUCAUGUCUGGAUGGUCGGUGCGCGCCUUGUACCAACACUAUGUAGUAACCAUUCACAGAUCGCUGAACCAGUGCUUGGCACUCUGUUGUCGUCGUUGCAGCGUCAUCCUGCUCCCGAUCGCCAUCACCUUCUACACGACCUGGUGGUUCAUCCGCUUCGUCGACGGCUUCUUCUCGCCCAUCUACAUCCACCUCGGCAUACAUCUCUUCGGUCUCGGGUUUGUGACGUCGAUCACCUUCAUCUUCCUCAUCGGCGUGUUCAUGUCGUCGUGGCUGGGCGCCUCGCUCCUCGGCCUCGGCGAGUUCUGCAUCAAGAGGAUGCCCCUAGUGCGCCACAUCUACUCGGCUUCCAAGCAGAUCAGCGCCGCCAUAUCGCCAGACCAGAGCUCGCGGGCGUUCAAGGAGGUGGUGAUCAUCCAGCACCCCAGGAUCGGCGAGUAUGCGCUGGGCUUCAUCACGUCGACGGUGGCGCUGCGCGGCGACCAGGACCUCGCCUGCGUCUACGUGCCCACCAACAACCUCUACCUCGGCGAUAUCUUCCUCAUGAGCCGCGCCGACGUCAUCAUCCCGGACCUCUCCGUCCGGGAGGCCAUCGAGAUCAUUCUCUCAGGCGGCAUGUCCGUGCCGAAGAUCAUCUCGGCGGUGGAGGGCGUCGUCGGCCUCGGCGACCAUGGCUGCGCGGCGAAGGACUCCUAG